ACGUAAUAGCCAAACGCCUAUUACGCACACAUUGGUAAAUACUAUAAUUUUUGUGUCGGUAUACGUAUUUUUAUAAUUUAAUACAUGGGUAAGGUUAAUAAUAAUUACAAUCGAUGAUAUCAAUAAACAUUUUCACUUAAACAGACGUAGUGCUCGUGGACGAGUGGUUAAUGAACCAGUUUCAAACAUCGUUUACGACAAUGUGGGUUCGAAUCUAGCCAAAAGUAUUCAUUUUCUUUAUUUACUAUGUUGUUUUUCUUUGUUUUGUUAUGUUUGUUUUUGUUUUCUGUAUAAUAAAAUCAAAGUAUGAAUGAAACAGAUUCUGAAUAAAACAACAUUAUUUUUUAUUGUAAAUAAUUUAUUAUUUAUGUGUUAUUAUGUCCAAUAAAUAAAAAAACAUGAAAAAUUUGGAUGAAAAAAUAUCGUGGGGCAAUUAUUUAAUACAGACACGUUUAACAUUCACAAUCUAUAGCAAUUUAAAUUUAAUUAAGCUAAUACGAGUGGUGAAAUGAAUCAACAUGUUAAAUGGAAAGAAAUUAUGACAAUUUCCAACAGCAUAACAAUAACAUCACUUCACCGUCUCCUUUAGACUUUCGAUAUUCCUAGUAAUAGACAAAAAAUCAAAUUGCGAUAACGUGUGUAUGCAGUUAUUAUUAAAAUUUGUUUUUGUUCACAUUGCUAAACAAUUAUGAAUGUUAUGUCUGUAUAAAUAAGGUUUACAAUUACUAAGUAAAAUAAAUUCAACUGAUACACUUAUGAUUCCACUAGUUAAAGUAAUUCGUUCACUAUAAUCACACCUAUUAGGCCGCACACAUUUUUACACCAUUUAAUUUUACCUUUAUCCAAAUAAUCAAAUGUAUAUUUAGUAAAAUUACAACAUUAUUUUCAAAAUUAAGAUCAAACUAGUAGAUUGUAAUUGGUUUUGUUUUAUCGAUGAGCUAUUAUAGAUUUGUAAUUGUUACGUUCAGCGCUGACUUGCUGCAACGUAAAACAGCAGAAUGAAGGUGAUAUCACAGAUUGCAGCAUAGGCGCGUGUUGUUACGCGUGUGGAGAAGAAAGCAUUGGAAGUAAUCCGAAUCAACCUUGCGUUUGAGCACAAUGCCGUGGUGGCUAAACGAAGAAUUCAUCUCCGGAUUUACUUAUUUCACGUCGUUAGCGUGAUUCUAUAUCUCAUGUUUCCAGAAUAUCCAUAUCAGCCGAUCCAUAACUGCAUUUCUUAUUUCUCCUCUGUGGAUACAAAAUAAAUGAGUCAAUUAUAUAAUAAUCAUUUGGUCUAUAUGAUAAAAAUAACUUUGUAUAUUUAGAUACUUAGGUUGUUAUAAAUACACUUAUAAAUAACUUGAGUUAAAUUAAUUUAUUUAUAAACAUAAAACUCUAAUAAUAGAUAAGCAUAAAAAGUGAAGAACAAAGAAUAAAAUUAAAAUAGUAAUUUGUAUAGGUAAAGAAUACUCACCAAUAUUCUUAAUCGCCUUACAAUAUCAAAUAAUUUAUAUGUUCUUCUUCCGCAAAACAUCGACUAUGUUAUGUUUAUAUGUUUAACUUUAACUUUGUAUGGAUAGAUAUAAAUUAAGUUAAACACGACUAAGAGUUGUGGAUAAUUAUUAAUAAAUACUCGUAGACUGACAACUAAGAAUACAAACUUUUUAUCAUGUGGGUUGUGUGAGAAAAAUAUUGCGGAUUGUCGGUAGUUACUUCAUAAACGGGCCAAAUAAAAUAACCCGAGAGUUCCGUGGUUGCUUCAAACAUUGUAAAUUUUUACUUAGUUAUUGAAACAUUAGAAAAUUUGCAUUCAAUAAUGUUUAAAAAAUAUUACAAAAAGAACGCGAUGCUGGGAUCGAACCCGCAUCUCAUCAGUAUAUCCGCAAGCGAUAACCAUUGCGCCAUACGUGCAAUUGAAGGGACAACCUAAAUAUCGUAUCUCAUUCAAUAACAUAAAAAAUGAUGAGAAGAUAUUAUAUUUAUAUGGGUAUAAUUUUGUAACUCGAUCGUUCAUUAUUUGAUUUAUUCAAUGUUUGUUACGUAUUGUUUUUAUGUUUACCCUUGUUUUUAUUUAUAUUUCUUUAAUGAAUUAAUACGUAUACCCUCACGAAAAUGAUAUUUAGUAUAAGUGUAUGCGUGAUGAAACUGUGUGCGUAAUAGGCGUUUGGCUAUUACGUUUGUUUUUAUGCACAUUACUAUAAAAUUACCCACACAUGUAAAGGUAUUGCAUAGCUAUAGUUAUGUUGGCUGUAUACCGAUUAAUGUUGCUCGGUGUACAUACAUGUUUAUAUUUUUUACGGCAAAUAUGUUUAAGUUUAAUCUGCAAUUAAACAAUUAGCUAUACUGAACUUUUGUAGAUCUUACAAAAUAAAAGUAUAAUAUUAAACACAUUAAAACAUUUUCCAGUAUAGUACUCGUUUACACCAAUAGAUGGACUAAAUUAACAGUUGCAAAAGGUGUUUUUUUCAAUUGUCAACUAUUGGUGUAAACGUGUUGUAAUUAAAAUAAUAAUACAAUUUUACAAGUACAUAGAGGAAAGUCACCAAAUAUGAAAUAGUAUCCUAUUAUGGAAUACCUUCAUUUCUCUAAGACUAUUAGUAUGAAACACAACAAUCGACCAUCUUCUGUUUCAUUCGGUCUACUAACUAUCGCACUCACACCAUCGAGUCAGUUGCGCGAACGCUUCACGUGUGGCAGGCGUGUUUUGUUUUGUUGUCGUGCAGAAAAUUUUAAAGGUAAGUAAUAAAUGAGUAUUACUAGCUGUUAUGUUUGUAUACAUAAGUGUUUUACUAUUUAGCCUCUUGUAUGUUAAAAUACCGGCCCCCGGUAUAAACACAUUUUCGCCGCAAAUGUUGACAUACCGGGGGCCGGUAUGGGUAAGUGUGUUCUCAUAAUCGCUCUAAAGCACGUCAUUGUAUAUACCCUACCCUUUCUAACACAUUACAAAUGCAUAAAGAAGAAACAGGCUGACUAGUGAAUCCAAAUUUCGCGCAGCUCUAGUGAAAAAAAUAUAAACAAGAGUCAGUCAAAACCGCGCCAUCGCCCAGGUGACAUUAUUUUUUUUAUAUUAGUGUAAACUUGUGUGUUAUCCGAAGUGACUAGCUGAUUAAUAGAAAAAACGAUGGAAGGGUAAGUAAUUAUUGAUUAUGUAUACUAAUUAUAUAAUAGUUCUGUUUAUUUUCACUAAAAAUCGGUAUGUAACUCAGCAUGUUCAAUGUCGAAUACGUGACGAUGAUUUUAUUGUCGUCAUAUUUCAACCAAAAAUGGAUGAAAAGGCAAGUUGAUGUUAGAUCUAAGACGUAAAUAUAAUUAGUUUUGAUAUAUUUCAUAGGUAGUAUAAUAUUUCUUUCAAAAACGUGAAAAUUUGUAAUGAAAAUAAGAGUUCAAUAGUCUCAUACCGGGAGCCGGUUACGUCAACAGCAUAUAUGUUUGACCUUUAUGGCAGCCAGGGCAGGGGCCGUGUUCGCACGCGCGGCGGUCGUGGUAGUGGUCUUGGUGCUGGUACUGCUGGUCUUGGUGCUCAUAGGCCCUCAGUUUCUGACUCUGUAACUAGUGGAUCGUUGCAGAGCUAUAACGAGGUUCUUGCUAUGGAAAGGCCACUCCAUGAAAGCAGGAGGAGGGAGCUGCCGUCAGUGAGGACAGUACCUGAAGGAUAUCAAUCCUUAUGGUCGUCCAUACAAGAAAUGGUGCUCCCCUCCCCCUCCACGAGUCAAGAGUUUCCGAUGUGCUCGGCUCCACCGUCUCCCGCUCUGUAUGUUGAAUGUGGUGGGAGCGGGCAGUCAACUCCUCGAACUACCGCUGUAAAGAGAACCGCAAAUAAUGACUCUACUGGAAAGGGCGAGGAGGUUCCGGCUUCGAGGCGAUGCUUGAUUCCUCAAGUCGGGGCUUCAUCUUCAUCGUCAGCCGUCAGGGCUCGUCCUUUGAGGGACGAGGAAAUGGUCCAAAUUUUGAAUCAUGGCAGUGAAGAUGAUGCUGACAGCGCUGAUGAAGAUGAAGAUUUAGUUCAGCCAGUGCAUCUGCCGAGGAGAGCUGAAAGACUUUUUAUGUCUGAGGAAGACACUGAGGUGUCACCGAUAAACGCUGCUAUAGGCUUUGAGUGGCCACCUCAACUUCCCUCCGGCUUGCAGCCCCAACCUAGCGCCCAGCCCGUGCCCGAACCCAACGCCGAGCCUGAACCCAGUGCCGACCCCGAAGCCAGCGCCGACCCCGAAGCCAGCGCCGAGCCAUACGAUAAGUUUGAUUUUAAGUGGAGAGGUUUUUCAGAACCUCAAAUUCCUCCUGAAUUGAGAAAGGAACCAUUCUCCGAAAUUAAUUGUGGCCCCACUGUUCCAUUGUCGAGCCCAUAUGAGGCAUUUACUGCUAUAUGGGAUCGCCAAAUAAUGGAGCACAUAGCAAUGGAAACAAAUCGAUAUGCUCAACAAGAGGUAACGGCCAUGAUUCAUCAGGGGCUACUUUUACCAAGCAGCCGUAUCACGCGAUGGCGGGAUACAAAUCCAGAUGAGCUGUACGUGUAUUUCGCAAUACUCCUAGCGACUGGGAUUAUUGUGAAAUCACGUGCAGACUCGUACUGGAAUACAGCCCAGGAUUUACUAUCUUCUCCUGGGUUUUCAGCAACGAUGAGUUUUGACCGAUACUUCUUGCUCUCCAAAUGUCUUCACUUUUCCAAUAAUGAUGACUGCAACCCACACACAAUGACGCGAUCGGAGGCGAAGCUGUUUAAGGUGCGUCCUAUUAUAGACCAUCUUAACCAGCGGUUCCAACAGUUAUACAUUUUAUCGGAAAAUAUAGCAUUAGAUGAAAGUCUGACACAGUGGAAGGGUUGGUUGGACAUUAAUCAGUUCAUCCGAAACAAAGCAGCCACAGUAGGAAUCAAAACCUACGAGGUUUGUGAGUCGCAGUCUGGAUAUUUGUGGCGGUUUGAAGUACACGUAGGGCAUGACGAAUCUCCACAAGAUAGUCCUUUGUCUGGGGUUGUGCCGGCACUUGUGCUUAAACUUCUCAAUGGUCUUGAGCACAAGGGCCACACGGUUUGGAUGGACAAUUUCUAUAACUCUCCUGCGCUUGCGCGAGAGUUAAAGGUACGGGGAUUCGACUGUGUCGGAACCCUUCGUUUGAACCGUCAGUUUGUUCCCACUGAACUGACCAAUCUCACCAAAGGAGCUUUGGCUGUAGGCCAAGUUCGUGGCUGCACUUCAGGCGAUGUGGAUCUGGUGGUAUGGCGAGAUAAGAACCUCGUUUCUCUUAUCUCGACGUACCAUGGGUUAGCAACGGUGAAGUGUGGCGACGUACUAAAGCCCUCUAUAGUACCGGACUAUAAUGUGUGCAUGGGUGGUGUUGAUCGCAAAGAUCAAAUGAUCGCAAUGUACCCAAUAGAAAGGCGGCGGAAUCGGGUGUGGUAUAAGAAGUUUUUCAGACGUUUAUUAAAUGUUAGUGUCCUGAAUGCAUUCAUCCUCCUCCGCACACAGCGACCUCUUACCCACCGAAACUUCCGCGAAACUUUGGUAAGGGAAUUAUCAUCGACCAUCCCCCGUCCCUAUGCCGGCGGCCAUGACAGCGCGCGAGCAAGCCGCGUCGCUGAGGCCCCGCCAACCGCCACUCCACCAUCCAGCGCGCACGCGACCACACGCGCUGUCAUAAACCAAACAUUUUGUAAUAAUUGUAGCUAACGUUUUCUUAUAAUUCUAACUUGUAAUCUAAUACGUAAUUAAACUCAUCUUGGAUAAUCGUAA